AUGUCACCCAAGUGGAAGGCAGCCUACCCAGACUUGAUCAAUCUUCCAACUGAUGCUAUUUCCAUGCUUAGAGCCAUUCCCAGCGGAUCAGAUGUGCAACCAGUCAACCAAUCUCUUCUAGUAACCUCCCAGCUCAGACCUCAUCAACAACAGGGCCUUGGAUUUUUACUUGAUCGAGAGGAUCCGCACAAUGCAGCAUUCAACUCCUUUUGGCACUCCAAAAAGAGCGCAGAAUUCACUAUCUGGACAAACCUGCUCUGCGGCGAGUCAUUCAUUGCCACUGAUCAACAACCAGUUCCAACCAGUCCUCGAGCUUCAAUUCUGGCUGAUGACAUGGGGCUUGGAAAAUCAAUUCAGACUAUAGCACUGAUUGCACAUACUCUCCAAGCAGCAUUCAGUUACGAGACGAAUUAUCAAAGAGAAAGCCCCGAAAGUCAACUUAGAGGUUCACAUACCACUUUACUCAUCUGUCUCAAGGGGCUUAUGGACAAUUGGGAACGUGAAAUCAAGCUUCAUACAAGACAACCGGGACUCAAGGUUAUGCGCUGGCAUGAUACAAAUAGAACCAGCCGUGCACCAGAAGAAUGGUAUUCAGCAGACAUCAUCUUGACAACAUUAGGUACUCUUAAAAAUGACCAACUUGAUAGUCUUACAUAUGCAACCAAGUGGUACCGUGUGGUAAUUGACGAAGCACAUAUUAUCCGAAAUGACAAUUUUUCCAGCAGAUGUGUCACUGCAUUGAAAGCUGUCAAUAGAUUGUGUCUGACAGGAACACCACUGCACAACAAACUAGGCAACCUUCAGAUGAUGCUGAGGUUUUUACACGUGACCCCUUUCUACAAGGAUUCGGUUUGGGAUACACACAUUGCUCAACCGGUUCAGCGUGGAAAUUUGGCCCCAGUUUCUAGACUUUUGCAAUACAUUAUGCUUAGGAGGACCAAGGACAGUCACAUAUUUGAUUUACCACCCAUUAAUCACACCACUAUUAUUUUAGAUAUGCAUAAGGAGGUUAAGGAUGUUUAUCAAACUCUAUAUCAGAAUUUCUUACGGCAGUUUGGAGUUGAAAGGAAGCAGAAAUUUCAAGGUGGUGAAUUUUUCAAACAACUCACCAAUCUCAGGAUGACUUGCAACCACCCUCUUUUAUUCAGGCAAAUUGAACAGGGUGUUGAUGCAGAAAAUCAACCCAUUAAUCUCAUUGAGCAAAAACUGGGUAUAAAAUUACCGGAUGAAAGAAUUCAUAACAGCAAGGUAAGAGAUGCUAUUCCAACGGACUGGAAGCUUAGCCCAAAGAUUGCAUACUUGGUUCACAUGCUUCAGAAGAAAAAAUCACAUGGUGGUGGGAAGAGUGUUAUAUACACUCAGUGGAAGAGCUUUAUUGAUUGGAUCAUCAUGGCUUUUGACAACUCUGGCAUCACAUACCGUCAGCUGCAUGGGGACCAGUCCACCUUUGAGCGUACUUCUCAACUCAAUUCUUUCACCAAGGACCCAAAUGUUGAAGCAUUUGUCGUAUCAAUAGAGGCUGGUGGGGUAGGUUUGAACAUGACAUGUGCGGACGAGGUCUAUUUGAUGGAUGCACAUUGGAACCCUCAGGUAGUGCAACAAGCUGUGGACCGCCUUCACCGAAUUGGUCAGGCCAAGCCUGUCAGAGUAUUUCAUGUAGUUACUGGACAGUCAAUUGAGCAGCAUCUUUACAAUGUUCAGAAGAGAAAAGCUGCCCUGGCAAAGAGAGUGAUUACAUUAACUGUCCCUACAGAGGAAUUGGAGAAGGCUGAAGCACUGCGUGUGGAGGAGUUUCCAACAGGGGAUGUAUCAGAUUUGGGAGAUCCCAAUCAAUGCUACCGCAAUUAA